AUGACGGCAGGUUUAUGGAUACAGAUUCACGACGGACAAAUAAGAGGCGGAGUGGAGUGUGAGUCAUGCUCAAACAUUCCUCAUUCUCCCUUUCAUUUUGUCGUGACGCCGUCUUCGGGAGCUUCUCCCUGCCAAAUUAGUUUCCCGGCGAAUGCGUCCUUUGAAAAGAAUACGAGAUGUUUCUCUUUUCUCGUUUCUAUGGUUCACCCGAUGAGUUCUUGUGCUCCGAAAUAGAAAAGGGAGAAAGGGAGAGGAAGGGAGUCUUUGUGUGUUUGCCAAUGGUAACAAAGUUCUGCUCCGCGGGGCCGCUCCAGUGUUUUCCUUCCGUCGCCCCCGGCUUAUAGGCCCCUCUUGUGCCCGAGGAGGCGAGCAUGCCGCUCUCGCGCACUCGCAAUUUUGGAAAUUGCAUGAGCCUCUUCCUUCCCCGUUUUCCAUUUCUCGGACUGACGGGGCGGAUGGACGGGUGGCAAAAUAUUCCGCCGCCGCCGCCGCGUCGUUGCCCAUUGUUUGCCCCCGUUUCCGAAGAGCCCGCGCAGGCGGCUCUCACACACAUUCUCUCGGUUGAAUUCAAUUAGGUCAGCCAGUUGUGUGUGUAUGUAUGCUCUUUUGCUCUUAACUCUCACUCGGUUUGUCCCUCCAGCACACGCAGAUUUUGACAAAGUGACCGAUAGACAGGAGCAGCAAGAGAAAAGUUUGAUAGAUCAGAAUUACAUCAAAAGGAUGAAAAGCACGGAGAGAUCACAUGUUUCAAAUUUGUUGGGAAACCCUUCACCUCAUGUUUCCGAUGGGAAGCAACGCAUUUAUGCGAUUCGUAAUGUGAGCCUUCGGAGUCUCUCACACUUUUCUGUUUUGAGAACAUUCCCCCACUGCUGAUUUACCUAAUUUCGGGAGACGUCUUACGUGCAUUUGACGCAUUCUCAUGCAUUUAGAAUUGCUUCGGUUUGAUUGAAGCCUUGCAAAAGACACCCCCACCUGUCAUUCAUAGAAAUUACCGAAUAUAAGGGUUUUGCAAAAAUUGAAUUAUCACAAUGUUUUCUUCUCUAUCCCCGUAUAUAAUUAGAUCAGCUCUCCGAAUCGGCAAAAACUCAAUGAUCAGCUUCAAAAGCCGCUAAUCAGCAGGUGGAAAUAAUAGAGAAAGUCUCGACUGCUAUUUUAAUAUUUAGUAAUAAGUCUUGUUUUGCCACUGCUCAGUUUCAAAUUUCUUCUUGUUUUCCUUCCUCCUCUCCUCACAACUUUCCCAUGUCCAAUGACCGGAAACACACCGACGGAAAAUGACGUUUUGUGCAUAUUUCCUCUCGGAUUCUUUGCUUUUCUUUCAUUCAACAAAUUUCCUUUCAGAUAUGGGGUUAGGAGCCGAGGAGAAGAAACCGUUGCUGGUGCAACUCAACGGACAAUACUAUGAUAUCGCGGAUUUCGCCACGAAACAUCCCGGCGGUGCCAAGGUACGAAAAACAGUGGGAAAACGAACAAAACACGCAAGUUUCUCAGGUUUUGAACCGUCUGGCAGGCGAAGAAAUUGGAGAGUACAUUCGGGGAGAGAAGAGGAUAAUGGGAGUGAGGCACGAGCAUUCGGAAGCCGCCUACAACAUGCUCGAAAGGUACAAUGUGAACGCGAUCCAAAAGGUGAGAAAAUAUGAAAGAGAGAGAGAGAGAAGGAUUAUGGGUGCCACCAUUGGGUGGAAAUGGAAGUGAACAAAGGGAAAGAGUCAUUGAAGAGUUGCAGGGCGAUCCGCUAAUCGAAUCAAAGGGAGGAAUGCUCUUCAAAGUGGGCUCUCUGGGCGCAGAAUACUGGCAUUGGAUCCAUCAGCCGUAUGACGGUACUUUGAGGUAAUACACUACUUUUCGAAAUAAUCUGGGGAGUUUGUCUAACCGAUGGGGCGGAUUAUCCUCCGAACCUUGAUUUAAUCGGAUUUCAUCAACUUCUAGACUGUUUCAUUAUUCCAGACUAUUCGAUUCGGAUCUUCUUGAAAGCAUGACUCGAACGAACUGGUGGGUGGUCCCGGCCGUCUGGAUCCCAGCCGUCAUGCUCUUUUCCGUCUUCUCCGUGCUCUCAUUCUCCGCCUCCACAGGUUAGUCGGCACAGAGUUCCGCCCGUUUCUUUUUUACCUCAUUUCUUCUCAUUCUCUCUUCAGACGCUCACUUUACAGAUGUCUAUAACUCGGUGCUCCUUUGGUCUGCGUGGUUCGUGAUCGGAGUACUCACAUGGACACUCACUGAAUACAGCCUCCAUCGAUGGGUUUUCCACUGGAAACCGUCUCCCGACUCUCCAAAUCAGAUCCUCCUUCACUUCAUGCUCCACGGACUUCAUCACAAAACGCCGAUGGACGGAGAUCGCCUCGUUUUUCCACCCGUUCCGGCCGCGCUCAUCGUCUCCGUCUUUUACAUCGUCUACUCGAAUACUUUCCAAUGGUAAUUGCAAACCCUUCUUGUUCUAUUCUACUUCCCAAUAUUAUAGGCCAGUUUUCUGUGCUUUUGGAGCCGGAAAGCUGUUCGGAUACGUUAUGUACGACAUGGUUCACUACUAUCUGCAUCAUGGAUGCCCACGGCCUCACAGCAAUAUGCAUUUCAGAAAAGUUUAUCAUCAUAAUCAUCAUUUCAAAAAUUUCGAUGUUGGUAAGUCAAAACGCCUUAUAAAUGUUUUCCCAGCGAAAACAAAACGUUUUUCUGCAAAAUUUCGCCCUUAAAAUUCAAAAUUUGGCUACUUUCUCAAUGGAGCGCGUUUGCAUCAUUCACCGCAAUGGAAUUCGAAACCCCCUAUUUUCCGCUAUUUUCGGCCUAUUUUCUCGUUUCAGGCUUCGGAAUUUCGACUUCGCUCUGGGAUUAUGUGUUCCACACACUUGGCAUGGGUCCACUGUAACAUCUAAUCAACAUUUAUCACAGAAAUCUCGUCAUUUGUUAUAUUAUGCUACGGCAUUGUCCCAAUUCCCUGCGCCUCUUCUCCCGAUUCACUUCAAUUUUUCUCGCUCUGAUUUGUACAUAGCUAUUUAUCGACUUUUUUGUCAGCAAACUCUCGUCUGUUCCAUCUAGAUUACUCGCUACUCAACUCGUGCCUGUUAUCCUCAUUUCGUACUGGUUUUCUGAUCAUUUUGUGAUUCUUGUUGUUUUCUCUUCUGCUCGUUAUUCAUCCAGAAUUGAAAAUUGUUUCUAAUCAAAUGAAAUUUAUUGUUAUUUGUCGGAUUGUUUAUCUGAUAAGUUUAUUUUUAUGGUGUUUGUCCCGUUUUUAUCGCUUUUCGUCUCAUUGCAGGCUGAACGGUCAAUUUUUGCAGAACACCGUCUCCCACCAACGGACAAUGUUCCUGAGAUACUUCCUUGACGAGAGCAAUCAGAGAGUGUACACUUUGAAGAGAACUGGACCGUCCGGACAAGAGACUUUGACCGCCCAUCCAGCUCGUUUCUCGCCGGAGGACAAAAACUCCAAGUACCGCGUCAUCAUCAAGAAACGCUUCGGACUCCUGCCAACCCAGAAGGCCAAGACCGUCUGCUAAAAUGAUUGUGUGGGAGUGGCGACGUAUUUUGCGUCAAAAAUUGCGCUCCUUCACACCUAACAAACCAAUCAAUUAUCAACAAGUUAGUCGAACUUUUCUUCUAUUUUUAUCUCAGCUUUCCUAUUCCAGGUAUCUCGUCGUCGUAUCAUUGUCUCAUUCGUUCUUUUCUUUGUCGGUUGGAAGGCAUUCGGCUACACACUCAACGACAUGUUCCUCUGGACUGUCGACGAGCAAACUAUGCAAGGCCGAUUCUUGACGCCGCAAGAGGGAAAAGAUCGAAGGUUUGAGAUUUUCUCCCUGGAACCAGUACCAAUUGUUAGUUUUUCAGAGAGGCUUUGGAACGACAGCGAGACCCCAAAUUACGUUCAAUCACUCCACCUAUUGUUGCUUCGAAAUACGAUCUUGAUGACUAG